UUGAGUUCUGGUGGCUAACCUUCUCAUGAAGAACUUUUUUAGAUUUAGCUAAAUUGGUCAUUCUAUGGCAGACAUGCAAUGCAGACAUUGUUAAGCCUAUUCUGAACCCUUAUCAGCUUGGUAUGAGUGGCCAUAAUUUAAACUCUACUGGAAUAUCCUCUGAGAACCCAGGGUCCCUUCCAACCUCUGAUCAACUACUAGAGUGAACAUUUGGUAUAGCUAAAGUGACAUACAUAGUACAGUUAUUGCCAUUAUGGGGUGGAGGCCCAUGUUAAAUAACUUGCCCCAAAUCAUAUGGCCAGUAAGUAGAAGCAAGACUCAAACCUGACUCCGCCUGGUGCUCUCUUUCCCACGACAGCCUGUUGCCUCUUUAGUUCAACAGGAAAUUAGAAGUAGUCAUGUUUUUCUACUGUACUGUUAACUGAAUUUCAGAUAUUGGCUAUUCCUUCCAAAGAAUUGUGUACAGCAGAUUCUAUAAUAAUUCAUUACAAUUUUCAAACACAUUAACUCACUUGUUCCUUCAUAAAGAAUAUAUUUCUGUCUUCAAAUUGGCCACUUUUAAAGUGGUCAAGUUGAUAAGGAGAAGAGGGAUUGUUUACAGUAACACAGUGAAUGGCAUUUCCCCAUGUAGGAGCCUCAGUUCUCAGUGCUUUCUAGGCUCUGGAGCAUUGGGGGAAAGGGAAAGGGGAUCUUUCUGCUGGGCUCUUCAGUGCUGCUUCCUCGUGGGCUCAGUAACUGGGAGGUGCUCAGAAUGAGUUUCAAUUUCAUAUCAUCCAUGCAGCUCUUUCCACCACACGGACAAACAUGUUUACAGGGAACCUUUUACACCCUCAGAUUCCUUCUUUGUCCUUUCUCUCUGAGGCUGUCACUGUGGUGUAGGGAAGAGUACUGGAUUUGGUGCCAAACUAGCUGAGUUCAGAUCCUAGCUCUGCCACAGAUUAGGGUUUCACCCUCUCUGAGCCAGAAUGUCCUCUUCUGUGAAAGGUCCUUUUUGACUCAGAAUGGACUUGGGGUCCAUUGAACUUUGUUCUGCCCUUUCCUUUCUCCCCCAGCCUUUCCUCAUACGGCGUCCCAGCGGGAACAUGUUGUUUCAGGGUUUGCUGAACUUCGAGGAUGUGGCAGUGUCCUUCAGUCAGGAGGAGUGGGGGCACCUGAGCCCUGCCCAGAGGAGCCUGUACAGGGAUGUGAUGCUGGAGAAUUUUGGGAACAUGCUCUUGUUGGGACUCCCCAUCUCCAAACCUGACCUGAUCUGCAUGCUGGAGUGAGGGGAAGAGCCCUGGGCCCCGGAUCCUCAAGUGACCGAAGACGGAGACGUCCAGAGAGAUUCUGAAGCCGGGACUGAGAACAAGAAGUUGAUCUUAAAACAGGAAAUUUCUGAUGAAGUUAACUCAAAGGGAGAAAUAUUAGAAAUACUCUUAGGUGAGGUUCCUCAGGAUCUACUGCUUGAAGAAUCCUGUGUACUUGAGGACCGUUUAGAAAGGCGAAUGGAAAAUCUGGUAGGAGAGAGAGAGGCCCCUUUUCUGUCACAGCCAAGAAUUACAGAACAAAUGACAUUUACCUACCAGGAAACUCCAAGAGAAGAUAGUGACUGUGUAGUGACAUAUCACAGCCCUCCUAGAGGAGAGAGACCUUACAAAUGUGGCACAUGUGGCCAAGGCUUCAAACGCAGCUCUGAUCUCAUUAAACACGAGAAGAUGCAUAGUGGGGAAAAGCCUUAUGAAUGUAGUGAAUGUGGGAAAGCCUUUAGUUGGAGCUCAGCCCUUAUUCAGCACCAGAGAACUCACACUGGGGAGAAACCUUAUGAGUGUAAGGAAUGUGGGAAAGCCUUUGGGUGGAGCUCAGAGCUUAUUCGACACCAGAGAAUCCAUACUGGAGAGCGGCCCUAUGAGUGUGGUGAGUGUGGGAAAGCCUUUGUCAGGAGCUCGGCCCUCAUUCAGCACCAGCGGAUACACACUGGGGAGAAGCCCUACGAGUGUAACGUUUGUGGGAAAACCUUCCGUCACAGGCCCACACUCGUUUACCAUCAGGGAAUUCAUACUGGGGAAAAGCCCUAUGGGUGCAGUAUGUGUGGGAAAGCCUUUACGCAGAGCACUACCCUUAUUGAGCAUAGAAGAAUUCACACUGGAGAGAAGCCGUAUGAAUGUAAUGAGUGUGGAAAAGCUUUCAGUAGGAACUCAGCUCUUAUUCAGCACCAGCUAAUUCAUACUGGAGAAAAACCUCAUAAGUGUAAUGACUGUGGCAAAGCUUUCCGUCACAGGUCAGCUCUUAUUUAUCAUCAGAAUUCAUACUGGCGGGGAACUCUUUGGAUGUAAUGGAAAUUUGAAAGCCGUCAGCUUAUUUCUUGUACAUUAUCACCACUUAUCUCAUAUUUAACCGUGGAAAAUUCACACUACGGGGAAAUCCAACGGAUGGCUGCAUGUAGGAAUGCUUUUCAACACAGGUCAAUGACUGUCAUUGAAAUUCAGCAUUUAAAUUAGAUGUUUCCAUCACAGUGAAGGGAUUUGGGGAUUAGAGUAUGUGCUAAACAUACUUUAGUUUUCCAAUAAGCAGUGCCUCUGUUAGGUUAGCUACUAGGCUCAGUAAUUCUUUUUCCCUGUUUUUCCUUGGUCUCAGCUGCUAAGUAGUUAAAGGGUUAUGGUGUUAACAACCUCAUUCACUCUUUUUAAAAAUGUUUGCUAGGAACAACUCUUUUAACCAUUCGCCAAGUUUAUCUGGCCUGAUGCAUUUCAUAUCCCUUCCAGAGUGAUGAGAGCUUGUACAGAAUAUAAUUCUCUUACUGUUUUUUUUUUGUUUUUCAACAAAAACAAACACAGUUUAAACAAAAUUAAACCAUCAGAUGCCCUAAAUAUAUUAGAAAAAUAAAACAGAUGUUGUCUUCUUAUUAGUUAAUAAGGGAGAUCUUUACUAAAAGUACAGCUCUUGACCAACAUCUGAAAAGUCAUGCCACACAAACAUGUGAAUGGAAUUAAUUUGUGAGCUUUGUAGAUCUAAGAAUUCACAUUGAAUCAGCACCAUUAACAAUUGCAAACGAACAAGCAGGGUAAGCAAGUGCCAUGGAGCACCAAAUUCAGUAUCAUAUACAAAUAAACUAUUGAUUAAUGUUUGUUGAUUGAUUGAAAAAUAAAAUUAUUUGAUAACUUUUUAUCUUAUAGUCGCAGAACAAUGGCCAAGGGAAAGCAUUAGAAAUUAGGAUUCAUCUUCACCAAAUUUUUUUCCAUUGUGAAAAUAAAGUAGAAUAAUUUGACUUUACAGUUUCCACUCAGAGGGCUUUGAAUCCUGGCAGUUUCUUACAAUCUGAAUGAGACUGAUGCCUGGAAUAAGUAUUUAAUACUUAAUAUCUGUUUGAGGCAUAAGAUAAUGAACUCUUGAUAAGUAAUCAAGACCAAGUGCAAGUGGCCUCCAGACAAUGGGACUCCCAGACAUGGGAAGGUUAGGACUGGAGGUACAGAUUUCAGAGCCAUUCACAAAUGAAAUUCCAAAAUUUUGUGCUGCCAUUUAACUGCAGAAUCUGGCUAUCUCCAAGAGAGAUAGCAUUCCUGUGGGGAGCAUACACAUUCAAUACAGUGAUGUUCUUAAGACUUAGGGAGUCUUAAGAUUCUGCAGAUGAAUAGAAUAUUCUUAUUUUUUGGUGUCAAGCACUUAUUUUUAAACUCCAGAAAUAAAGACAUUUGGAUUUAAUUGAAGUAGGUUAAAACCACAGUAAUAAAAUGUUAGACCAGCUGGAGGAGGGAAUAAGAGACAAUAAAACCUAUCACUGUCACUGUUUGAUUUAUUAUUACCAAUAAAAUGUCUUGUGAUAUGUGUGAUGUGA